GAGAGCAAGUGCGCUAUUUAAGAAGCCACACAGCCGUUGAGCAGCCCUUGCCUUGGCCUCCUAGAGAGGGUGACGAGGACAGAGGAACAAAUUGAAAGAUCAGAAUGACUGAUACUGAUGAAGCCAAGACUUCAGCUUUUGACCACUUUGAAGAUUCCCAAGAUCUAAUAUAUACGCCGCAAGAACAGUCUAAUGUGCAUGAACAUGUAGCUGCAAGGAAUUCAUGUUUAGGCUCUGCACAGAAAGAUUCUGUAUGUGAAAAAUCUUCACAGGAAUCCUACAUCCGUGGUAGAUCUCCCAAAUAUUUCACCUACUUGACCACCACUGUUCCAACCAAUGCUUUGCUGGAUGACAGCGGUUCAGAGAUUGACCUUUCUGAUUCUACUAGCAGCUUGAUCCAACACGAGUGUAACAUUACACCGGCAGCUCGAAGUUCAACAAGGCAUUUGGCAAACUCUCCAGCAAAUACAUUAGACAGAGACACUUCGACUGACCUCUCUCUGGACCCUGGGUCUCCAUUUAAGUUGGCUAAAUCCCCAGGGCUGUCUAGAUCUGCACUCAAUUUGAAAGCCAGUUUUGACUAUCACUUGAGGAGGAAGUAUAGGAGACAAGCACAUCAAAGAUGUAAGGAGAAACCAAAAGAGAGAGAAAAGAGGUACAAGAGCACAGGAAAACCUAGAGGGAGACCGCGGCUAACUGCUCCACAAGAAGAGCAGAAAAAAAGACUUCUAGACAGAGGCUUUCAGUUUCCUUUUGUGGAAAAAGAAUAUGGAAGGAAACAUAUCCCCAUGAAAAUGAUUUUUGAAUAUGAGCAAGCAGCUUUAAAGGGAUAUUUCCAAUACAUUAAGAUGCUCAAAUAUGAAGAACAUCUCAAAAAGGCUUUAAAAAACCUGAAUGCUAGUGAGGAUUUAGAAAAUGAAUGUAUGGCGAUGCGGAAACACAAAUACAUAGAUGACGAAGGACCCAUUUCUCCUAUUCAGGAGACAGAUGGAGAUGACCACAGCUUGGAUCCUGAUCAAGAAGAAUUUGGUGCCACAAUAGUUGAGAACAGCUGUUUCAUAUUAAGCAGCAAACUUCCAAGCAAGAAAAAAUCAAAGACAAAAGCAAAGCAUGCAAAACUGAUCAGAGAAGAUGAAGCGGAGGAAGAACAUGCUGCUGAUGGGCCUGGGCCUGUACAGGAGAUACUACACAGAUCAGAAAACUAG